AGGCCUUGGCGGGGCAGGGCGGGGACAGCCUGCCGGCGGCCUGCCUGCCUGCCGGGCUUGCGGAAGUGCUCGGCUGCUGCUCGCUCGCUGCUGCUUGGGCUUCCCACAGCUCCCUCCCUCCCUCCUUUGGACCGAGGGCGGCCCGGGCCGUGCAUGGUCAGCUAGCUCCCGGCUCCAUCCCCGGCCUCGAGCAGCACGGAGCGGACGGCGGCGGUGGGCGCGGUGGAAGAUGGCGGGACGGCUGCCGGCUUGUGUGGUGGACUGUGGCACCGGAUAUACAAAACUAGGAUAUGCUGGGAAUACAGAACCACAGUUUAUCAUCCCAUCCUGUAUUGCGAUUAAAGAGUCAGCAAAAGUAGGUGAUCAAGCCCAGAGGAGGGUGAUGAAAGGUGUGGAUGACCUAGACUUCUUCAUUGGUGAUGAAGCAAUAGAAAAACCUACAUAUGCGACAAAGUGGCCAAUCCGCCAUGGUAUAGUUGAAGAUUGGGAUUUAAUGGAAAGAUUUAUGGAGCAAGUGAUUUUUAAAUAUUUAAGGGCAGAACCCGAAGACCAUUAUUUUCUUUUGACUGAACCUCCACUGAAUACUCCAGAAAACAGGGAAUAUACUGCUGAAAUAAUGUUUGAGUCAUUCAAUGUUCCAGGCCUGUACAUUGCUGUGCAGGCUGUUCUUGCCUUAGCUGCAUCCUGGACCUCAAGACAAGUAGGAGAACGGACACUGACGGGGACGGUAAUAGACAGUGGCGACGGAGUCACUCACGUCAUUCCUGUGGCUGAAGGGUAUGUAAUCGGCAGCUGUAUUAAACACAUUCCAAUCGCAGGACGAGAUAUAACAUAUUUUAUUCAGCAACUGUUGCGAGAUCGGGAAGUAGGAAUCCCUCCAGAACAGUCCCUGGAAACUGCAAAAGCAGUGAAGGAACGCUAUAGUUAUGUCUGCCCAGAUUUAGUAAAAGAGUUUAACAAGUAUGACACAGAUGGGUCAAAGUGGAUUAAACAGUACACUGGAGUCAAUGCUAUCUCAAAGAAAGAAUUCUCCAUUGAUGUUGGUUAUGAGAGAUUCUUGGGACCUGAAAUCUUUUUUCAUCCAGAGUUUGCUAAUCCAGAUUUUACACAGCCUAUCUCAGAAGUCGUAGAUGAAGUCAUUCAGAAUUGCCCAAUUGAUGUUAGGCGUCCUCUCUACAAGAAUAUUGUCCUUUCUGGAGGUUCAACCAUGUUCAGGGACUUUGGACGUCGCUUGCAGAGAGAUUUAAAAAGAACUGUCGAUGCCAGGCUGAAAUUAAGUGAGGAGCUGAGUGGCGGUAGAUUGAAGCCCAAGCCUAUUGAUGUGCAAGUUAUUACCCACCACAUGCAACGGUAUGCAGUCUGGUUUGGAGGUUCGAUGCUGGCUUCCACGCCCGAGUUCUACCAAGUAUGCCAUACCAAGAAAGAUUACGAAGAAACUGGGCCUAGCAUUUGUCGUCAUAAUCCAGUGUUUGGAGUCAUGUCGUAGGCUGGACUUGCUGUUUUUUGGGGUUAGGGAGAUGGAAACGAGAAGCUUUCCGAUGACCCGUUUUGUCGGAAUGACUGGUUCAAGGUUUUAAACCUGACUUGAAAUAGUAAGACCAAACAAGAUUGAUUAUACAGGAAUAUUUUAAUGAGUGUAUCAACAUGCAAAUGUAGAAGAGAGCCAAAAUGAUUAAAUGUUUUCCUUUAGAUUGAAUAUUUGAAUCUUAUGUGUAUCAAAAAGAAGUGGAUUUUAGUUCUUUCUGUGCCCUGAUAUUUUGUAUAUUAUUGAACUAUCCAAGAUUUGCUGGGAUUUAUGGGUGUAGAUAGCUCUAUAAUGUGUGAAUUGGACACUUCUAAGUGGGCCAUGCAGGAGCUUGUUUAUAUUUCAUACUUUUAUACUUUGAGGGAAAGAAGUCAAAGAAAAAAACUGUAAUAUGGAGGAAAAAAAUGACCAAGUAAAGGAUGAAUUCAACAAGCAGCCUCAUGAGACAUGGCGCACACACUCAUGGGUUCCGGUUAUUAUCAGUUGCUCCUCUCCCCUCUCCCCAGCCCCUAAUGGUUUUCUUUGCAAGUGCUUUUGGAACUAGGAAGCGAGUCUCCUGGAUUAGCUGAUGCUUGCUAGUGCUUCCCAAUUACUCCCAUCUGUUUCUUGCUUUAAAAGAAAAGAUGAAGAUGUUGGACCAGUAUUGCAGUUCUGUAGUGUCAUUUCUUAAUAAAACAAUAAUGUGAUUACCAAAAUUGGCAUAUUUAAAAGGCCAAAUGCCAUUCUAAUAAAGGCAGAAAUUUCUUUUUAA